AAGUUUAAUUUUUCUUCCCAACCCGAGGUCUUUUUGCUGCAUUUAUUAGGAAAUGGACUGUGACUUUUUUAUUUUAAUUAUUAGUAGAAUUACACAUGAAGACCAAGAUUGUGCUUUUCAUCCUGCCUUUCAUGUGUAUUACAGUUUUCUAAAAUGAGGCAUCUGACUCCAGUACAUCAGCAUCCUCUGACCAUGCCUCAUCCACCCUGCCCCUCACCCGCCUCCCGCCUGAACACCUCCUACUCUCACUUCCUCCAGUUACGUCUAAGCCAACCGGGAGUGCGCUCGCUGCUGGAAUAAAUGAAAUUGCGGCGGUAUGUUACAGGGCAGGGAGAGAGCGCUGCGAAUGCCAUUCACACUUUCCGUGCGCUGGGAGUCCGAGCACCGUCAUCAGCAUCAGCAGCUCUCCGUGCGCCCCGAAUGCGCCCCGAGCGCGUCUCUCCAAUACGGAGCAGAGAUGAGUUAAAGGACAGCAGCAAGCGACGCUUUUCACAUGGUCACUUGGUCCCUGCGCAUUCACCGAAUCGCAAACACUCCGUUUUGUUGAAAUAAGUGAUCUACCUGGAAGGUGUGAUCCUAUUGAAGCACGAGCUCUUGAAGCAUCGUGUCCGCUGCGACUCGUUCCGUUGGAUUGGACUUAAUACCUACUGCGCAGCGUCUCUCCGCCGGAAAUGUGCCGCUGUGAAAAGCAGGAGAGGAACGCAUUCUGAGGAGGCUGGAUGUCAGCUUUUGUUUUGUUCAAGUUGCGCUGCCCCUAACUGAGCGUCUGGUUGCAUCUGUGGCGGUAACCCUUCCCAAAGUCCCUUUCCAAUGCCGCUUUGUCUAUGUGCCCAGCUGUGCAUAACUUCACGGUCCGACCAGGGGAUUUUGCGGAGACUAAUUCCGACUACUCGCGGACCACAACACUUACAGAAUAAGCAGGACUCAUCCGAAGUGCAGGGAGAAUGAAGAGUCAUCGGGGCCGGGGGAAGCAGCAUGAGCGGCCCGUGCAUCUCCAUUAGACUGACGGCCCUCAUGUUUCUAUGGAAGUGGUUUACACUAAGCCUGCUCCAGAGCUGGGUGUCAGUAGGGGCCUGGGCGGCGGACCCUGCCGGGUCUGGCUUCAGCGGCUCCACCGGGCCCCUGGGCUGGCUCCUGUCAGACAAGGGACCUUUUCACCACUCGCAGGAGUUUGUUGAUUUCACGGAGCGCUACCAGCAGGGAUUCACCACCAAGUACAAGAUAUACAGGGAGUUUGGCCGCUGGAAGGUGAACAGCUUGGCCCUGGAGAGACAGGAGAACAAUGGCUUUUCCUUGCCGCUGGAUCCCGAGUUCCUGCAGACCAUUAGGCAGCUGGGCAGGAGGCCCAGCCUCAGCGCCAUCACUGACAACAUCAUCAGAAAAUACGGAACCCAUUUCCUGCUCUCCGCUACACUGGGAGGGGAAGAGUCAUUAAUGAUCUUUGUGGACAAGCGGAAGUUGAUCCGGACGUCGGAAGCGACUGAAUCCAAUGGCACAGCUGUGACUCUGGAAGCUCUGCACCAGCUGGCCGCCUCCUACUUUAUUGACAGAGAGAGCACCCUGCACAAGCUGCACCACAUCCAGAUCGCCUCCACUGCCAUCAAGGUGACCGAAACAAGGACAGGCCCUCUUGGAUGCAGUAACUAUGACAACCUCGAUUCUGUCAGCUCCGUUUUGGUUCAGAGCCCCGAAAACAAGAUUCAUUUGCAAGGUCUUCAGGCCAUACUGCCAGAGUACCUGAGGGCCAGGUUUGUGCAGGCAGCUCUCAGCUACAUCGGUUGUAAUGAGGAGGGCCAGUUUGUGUGCCGGGACAAUGACUGCUGGUGCCAGUGUGCCGUGGACUACCCAGAGUGUAACUGCCCUGAGGUGGAUCUGAAGGCUAUGGAAGCUAGUUUGCUGAAAAUCCGAGAUUCCUGGAACAUGGCCAACCAAGACUUUGAGGAGUCAGAUGAGUUUCAGAAUUUCGUCCGGAGGCUUCCCAUCUUCUAUGCUCUGAACGCAUCUGCCAUUCAGUACUUCUGGAAGAUGGAGCCAAACAUUCUCCAGCGCUACAAACAGCUGGAGCUUAGCACCCAGCAGCUCGUGAGCAAAGCACGACGGAUCGUCAGCAAGCUCUUCACCCUCAGCAAGAGGUGUCGAACUCAGCCCAAAAUUAUCCUGCUGAGGGAGAGACCCUUCAGCUACUGGCUGAACUACAUCCUCUCGAUCAUUUACUGCAGUGAGAACAACCACAUCGGCUCCUACCUGGAGGAGACCAGGAGCUGCUCCUGCCCCUACGAACACCCUCCCUGUCAGGGUGUGAUCCCCUGCACGGUGGGCGAGGGCACCUCCUGCGCCUCCUGCUCCUAUGAGAACCGUUCCCGCUGCGCCACAUGCAACCAGGGUUACAUGUUGAGCCAGGGUGUGUGCCGCAACGAGGUGCCCGACUCCACUGACCACUACAUUGGCUUCGAGACGGACCUGCAGGACCUGGAGCUGCGCUACCUUCUGCAGAAACGAGACAACCGCAUCAGCAUCCACGGGAUCUUUGUCAGCAACGAUGUCAGGCUGAAUAACUGGUUCGACCCGUCAUGGAGGAAGAGGAUGCUGCUGACUCUGAAGAGUAAUAAAUACAAGUCAAACCAUGUCCAUAUGCUCCUGGGGAUGUCUCUACAGAUCUGCCUUACCAAGAACAGCACUCUGGACCCCAUGCUGUCUGUCUAUAUCAAUCCUUUUGGGGGAAGCCACUCGGAGAGUUGGAUCAUGCCCAUAGACCAGAAUAACUACCCAGACUGGGAGAGGACUAAAUUAGACCUUCCCUAUGACUGUUAUAACUGGACUUUGUCUUUGGGCAACAAGUGGAAAACAUUUUUUGAGACGGUCCACUUUUACCUACGGAGCCGAAUCAGAGGACCCUCAGCUAAUGGGAAUGGAACUGUAUAUUAUGAACCGUUGGAGUACCUGGAGCCAGGACGGAAUCUAGGCUACAUGAAGAUCAACAGCAUCCAGGUAUAUGGCUACAGUAUGCACUUUGACCCGGAAGCGAUCCAGGACUUGAUUUUACAACUGGACUACCCAUAUACUCAGGGAUCGCAGGACUCGGCCCUCCUGCAGCUGCUGGAGAUCCGGGAUCGGGUCAACAGGCUUUCCCCGCCCGGCGCUCAGCCUCUGGAUCUCUUCUCCUGUCUGCUGCGACACCGGCUCAAACUGUCCACCACAGACGUUGCCAGGAUCCAGGCAGCGCUGCAGACUUUCAGUGCCAAGCAGCCCAACUCGAUGGAAUACGAAACAACCAAAUUAUGUAGCUAAUAAGUGGGCAGGCAGCCAGGUGCACAGAUGGCAGAGCAGUUAUCACACAGGCCUGAUGAUGGUUAAGAGCAAUUCUGGAGCCAUGCAAAGGGACAUUUUGGGGACAUUUUCAUUGUCGUCACGGAUCUCAAGAGUGCAUUUGAGAUUCUCAUGUCAGCUUUUCGUAUAAAUUUGUACAACAUUGUAGAAUUUAAGGAGGAUUUCACCAGAUUUGAGUUUUCACUCCUGAUGAAAAUAACUUGAACAGUUCAUGAGAUAAAUUUCAAACCGCUAAUAUGUUGCCAAUGUGCUGACGUUUGUAGGUUGCACAAAUUGAAGUCACUCACAUACGUGAACAAAAGCUUUUGCUGAUGAAGUAUUACCGAAGCAAUGUAAUCAUCUCACAAGCAUCGACAUUUCAACACCAGCAUGUGUUUUCGUUUGGACUUUGCUCAUCAAAUUUGUUUUCCAGGUGCAAAAAUAAUCACAGACCUGUUUUACUGACAUGGCUGCACAUUUUAAUCUGGGACAUCCAUGAAUGGCACUUCAUCAUUUUCAGCUUUCCGUACAACAAUGAACUCAUCCCUGUUUUUAAACGCUGCAACACAUUUUUGUAAGAAAAGAAAAGAAAAAAACAAACAAGGCGAAUAAAUGGAUGCUGUAUUACUCCAGAUUUGCAGAGAAACAUAUGACACCACCAUCACAAUAUAUGUUACAUGUGCUUUUAUUUUUAUAAUGCUGUUGUUUUGUGAAACAAAAGUUACAAAAACACUGUCUAUAAAAUGUAUAAUACAAUUUGUUAAUACUCUAAAUAAAAAACAUUUUUAUG